AUGACGGAUCUGUCGGAUACCCAACCACAUUCUCGGACCAAUGCUGAUCUUAUGGCGGCCAACGCCGUUUUGUUCGCAGAGAAUCAGCGCAUGGCCGAACUAUUAGCUACACUACAAAAUGGUGGUGAAAGGAAGAAUGUCAACAAAGAAGCAAAUACUGAACAGCACGAAGAGCAUCAGUCGGAAUCCAAUGCAAAAGUAGGAAAAACACCCCCGAAAACAGGGAGACGACGAGCUAACCCUUUUUUUGAAGAAAUUAUGAGUUUUAAAAUGCCUCAAAAUUUCACACUCCCUAUGACUCUGGCACCGUACAAAGGGAUCGAAGAUCCCAAAGUUCAUGUCACGAAAUUUGAAUCUAUGAUAUUCCUGAACAGUGACUCCGAUCCCAUUCUGUGCCGAUCUUUUCCCACUUUUUUAGAUGCCUCAAAGAUCUAUGUAAGGGACUCAGACUACCUUAGCACGAUCAGACAAGGACAAUAUGAAAGCCUGAAAGAUUACAUGACACGCUUCACAACAGCCGCCAUGGAAAUCCCUGACCUCAAUCCUGAAAUCGAAAUUGAGAAGCUGCGUGAAACUCGGAGGAAUGAGAAACAACUGCCCCGAAAAGAGGAGGACAAAUCUCAAACAAGGGACUCCAAGAGGCCUUUCAAGUUAACCCCAAAAUUUGACUCAUACACGAGAUUUAACACAAGAAGGGAGGACAUCCUGAAAGAAAUACUACAUAACAAGCUCAUCAAGCCACCAAGCAGGGCCGACUCAUAUCAAGACCAGAGGUUCGUCGACAAAUCGAAGCACUAUGCCUUUCACCAGAAGUUCGGGCAUACAACCGACGAAUGCAUCAUUGCCAAGGACCUCCUGGAAAGACUAGCGAGACAAGGACACCUGGACAAAUACAUAAGCAAAGCCCGACCAACUUCAGAAGGUCACAAUGACCGACGCCAAGAGCGAACACCAAACACACCAGACAAGCUCAGAACGCAACCUCCGCCGCCAAGAGGAGUUAUAAAUUGCAUCUCAGGAGAAUUUGCAAGCGGUGGUCAAACCAACUCGACACGCAAACGCCGAAUCCGAGAAAUGCUAACAAUGCAACAAACAAACGAGGCGACGGCCCACAAACCACGAACACCGAACAUAUCUUUCGAACAAUCCGACUACCAAGCAAGGUCGGAUAACCUAGACGAUCCGGUGGUAAUCUCAGUCCAAGCAGGGGAUCUCCUCGUGAAGAAAGUCUUACUCGACCCCAGCAGUAGCGCAGACGUCCCACGUCGAGAUCUUCAGUUCCGAGGAGAAUACUUCCGAGCCCUUGACGGAACUUGUAGCCGAUCAUACUUCGGAAGCUUUAUCUCGCAAGGAACACUACUUAUUACUAAUUCUUUGAUAUUUACGAAUUUUGGGGUGUAA